CUCGGCCAGGCCUCAACGACCUUUUCCACACAGCUUCUUACUUUUGUACACACGACACGCACCACGCAGACAGGAAAACGGCCAGCUGCUAGCUCUGUGCUUGUUUCACUUCGGCAGCCAUGCCGCUCAACGAUCUCGUUCGUCAGAGGAUGCAGCCUCUCACCUCGGCCUUCACCGCGAACAGGAUAUUCCUCUAUGCCGUGUUCAGCAUCUGUGCGACCGUCGCAACGAUAGGGAAUGCGUGCAGGACAUACAGCAGCUUCUACUCGAUGUCGGUCUAUCUGUCUCGGAGCGGUCGGAGCCUCCUGGUCCUCGCCAACUUCGGCUUCCUAUUGGCGUUAUUAUCCGGACGUGUUCUGCAACGCAUAUUCUUCGGACCCCUGCAACCACGCGAAGUAGAGCGGCUCUACGACCAGACAUGGAUGUUCGUGACUGAAUCAUUGCUGGCGUUUACGAUAUUUCGGGACGACUUUGACAUUCCGUUCGUCGUCAUGUUCGGAUUCCUCCUGUUCAUCAAGUGCUUCCAUUGGCUCAUGGCGGACCGUGUGGAAUCGAUGGACCAGGUCCCUUACCCUGGCCCUCCUGUCCUCUUUCACGUCAGAUUCGCCGCGUUAUUCUGCCUGCUCUGGACGAUCGACUUUGUCAUGCUACUCUUCGCUGUGGAUAGCACGCUGCAGAAUGGCAUUGGCGGUACCGUCCUUUUUGCCAGUGAAUAUGCUAUUCUAAUGGCCAGCGCACUCAAUUCACUGGCAAGAUAUGGCUUGAGCAGUAUUGAACUUCGGCGCGCCAGUACGCGAGGUGGAACGAACGCCCCUCCAUGGGAGAAUAAGAGCAUGUACAUCUUCUACAUCGAACUUGUGACUGACUUCAUGAAGUUGGCAACAUAUCUGACGUUCUUUGUCGUGGUUUUGACGUUCUAUGGACUGCCACUCAACAUCAUUCGUGACGUCUACUUCACAGCGCGGUCGUUUAUUACCCGGUUGCGCGCUCUCAUUCGCUACCAUAAUGCGACUCGCGACAUGGAUCGGCGGUAUCCUAACGCAACCGAAGAAGAGCUAACGGCCAUGUCCGAUCGUACUUGCAUCAUAUGCCGUGAAGAAUUGAUCGCCCCUGCGAAUAAUCAGAACGCGCCAACCGGUCAAGCGGCCACCGAGGCGAAUAACGCGAACCAAACUCAAGAUGGACCCAACGUGACCCCAAAGAAACUUCCAUGCGGACACAUAUUCCAUUUCCAAUGUCUCCGCUCCUGGCUGGAAAGACAGCAGAGCUGUCCCACAUGCCGCCGCACUGUACUCGAAACUGAUCAGCCUAACCGCGGCGCUGCCCAGGCUGGCGCGCGAGGCGCUCGUCCACCAGCCCAACAGCCGAACGCCGCUCCACAGGCACAGCAGCCAGGGCAGGCUGCCGCGAAUGGUGCCCUGGGCUGGCUCGGCCGCGUGCUGGGACUUGCAUUGCAACCACCGCUUGCGCCUGGCCAGCUUGCCAACGGUCAGAUUGCACCUCAAUUUAUCGCAGCCGGACCGCAAGGUGCGCAACCCGUGAACCCUGGGUGGCCGGCGCCUGGGCAGCAGCUUCCGCCAGGGUAUCUGUACCCAUACCCUCCCUAUCCGAUGCAACCGCUGCCACCCCAGCAGCUGCAGCCUCCGCCAGUUUACCGAGGAUUCUAUGGGCCAGGGAACCAGUGGCACCCCUGGGACGCCCAGUGGCAAGCACCUGCACCAGGCCAGCCGAAUCUCCCACCGCGUCCAGACGAGCAGCCCGCCCCAGAGUCCUCUCGCACGGCAGCUAAUCCUGGCAGCGACAGCGCCACUGCGCGGCCAACGCCGACCAUUGCCGAGCCAAAUCAGGAACCUGCGUCAUCGUCAGGGUCGGCGGGCCCUUCGCAAUCUACCUCCGCUGAAGAGGACGGUCCGGGGACACCUCGGGACGCGGCGGCCCUUGCUGCGUUGCGCAGGUUCCAGUCUGGUCGCGCGCCGUCGGAAGUGCGGGCGCCGGCGGACGUCGCGGUUAGCACGAGCGGCUCGGCCGCCAGCUCGGGCAGUGCGGACGUCACGACCUCGGCGGGCACGGAAUCAGCGCCUCCGGCAACGUCAGCACCAGCUCCACCACAGGCGACGGCUGACGCUCGUCCGCAAAUUCCGUCGCUGAUCCCGCUGUACGAUCUCACGGCCGCGCCUCCACCACCGCUACCACCACUUCCUUACCUCCAGCAACCACUACCACAGCAACAGCAGCAGCAGCAGCAGCAGCUCGGUCAGCGGUACCCGUACCGUACGUCCGCGCCGCCCGCGGCACAGGGCUUCCGGCCGCCACCGGGCCAGGCGACGGCGGCGCACGCGCGGUACCGCCAGCCCGCCGCGUCGCGCGCGCCGCUGGUGCAGCUCCCGCCGACGCUGACGGACGAGCAGCUGGGGCGGCUCGACCGGCUGACGCGCGAGGCGAUCGACGAGCGGCUGCGCGUGCUCGAGAACGUGGCGGGCGCGGUGCAGCGCUGCGUGGACGAGCUCACGCGCAUCCGGAGCGUGCUGCCCGUGCGGGAGGAGACCGGGCUCGCGGCGCACGCAGGCCACGUUCCUGCGCAGCCCGCGACGGACGCCGACGCCGACGCCGACGCAGGGGGUGCUGCGCUUGGCUCUGAGACAUUGAAGCGUGAGCCGCAAGGCGAGCCUGCUGCUGCCGCCCCUCCUGCGGGAUCUGCGCAGGAAGCGGGCCCAUCAUCAGCAGACGCGCCGGUAGCGCCGGUUCUUUAAUGUGCAAUCGAGGCACUGCUGUUUCUCGUUUACGUCUCUCUUUCGAUCACAUUGGCUGAGCGGGGCUUGUGUGUAAGAUUAAAUAGUAGUGUCUACAUGGGAUCCCGCGGAGUGUCUAUAAAAAAAUGCCGGAUGCGGUUUUUU